CCCGCCCCGGACAAGGCGUUUAACGUGCCCAGGCGUGAAGUAUGGCAUGCAAAGAUGGUUUCUGCCAAGGAGCCAGCCAUCGCCAUGUCCUCGGGUCUCUCCAUCGCCCUCCUGCACUGCCUGUGCCUGGCGACCUGUCUCACCGGGCCGCCAGGGCAGACCAAAAAAGAGGAGAAAUUGUGGCCGGAGAAUUUUACCAACAUCCUGAACAGCCUCCUGGAUGGCUAUGACAACCGGCUGCGACCGGGAUUCGGGGGUCCUGUUACUGAAGUCAAAACAGAUAUAUAUGUCACCAGUUUUGGACCUGUUUCUGAUGUAGAAAUGGAAUAUACAAUGGAUGUCUUCUUUCGUCAGACAUGGGUAGAUAAAAGAUUAAAAUAUGAUGGCCCUAUUGAAAUUUUAAGACUUAACAACUUGAUGGUUUCGAAGGUAUGGACUCCUGAUACUUUCUUCAGGAAUGGGAAAAAGUCUGUUGCACAUAAUAUGACAGCCCCAAAUAAACUCUUCAGAAUAAUGAGAAAUGGCACCAUCCUGUACACAAUGAGGCUUACAAUAAGUGCAGAGUGUCCCAUGAGAUUAGUGGAUUUUCCCAUGGAUGGUCAUGCUUGUCCUCUCAAAUUUGGGAGUUAUGCUUAUCCAAAGAGUGAAAUGAUUUAUACCUGGACAAAAGGACCUGAGAAGUCAGUGGAAGUUCCUGAGGAGUCUUCCAGUUUAGUUCAGUAUGACCUGCUUGGGCAUACGGUAUCCUCUGAAACUAUAAAAUCUAUUACAGGUGAAUAUAUUGUUAUGACAGUUUAUUUCCAUCUGAGACGGAAAAUGGGUUAUUUUAUGAUUCAGACCUACAUCCCAUGCAUUAUGACCGUGAUCCUCUCUCAAGUUUCAUUUUGGAUAAAUAAGGAAUCAGUACCUGCUAGAACUGUUUUUGGAAUAACCACAGUGUUGACAAUGACAACGCUGAGCAUCAGUGCAAGACAUUCACUGCCAAAAGUAUCCUAUGCUACUGCCAUGGACUGGUUCAUAGCAGUUUGCUUUGCCUUUGUGUUCUCUGCUCUGAUUGAGUUUGCUGCUGUCAACUAUUUCACUAACAUUCAAAUGGAAAGAGCCAAAAGGAAGACGGUCAAGUCCCUUCUUGAAUUCCCAGUUGCUCCAGUACAAAGGAAAAGAAGUACAGAAGAGACAUUCACGAGUACAGAUGCCAAUUCAAAUGUGAGGAAAAGAACAAAUGCCACAGUACAGUCUGAAGCUGAUGGUGGGAGCCGAAUUGACACAAGGCACAGCUCUGUCCAGCCUCCCUCUGUAGCUCAGGGGUCUUCUGACAUUACCCCCCACUCCCUUUCUGCAUCAAGUCCCAACCCUUUCACACGAAUCAACGCAUCGGAGACAUUAUCCUCUGCAAGAGCUACCCCUCCAGCUCCUCCUUCUACCCCAAUUUUAACUGGAUUUGUAUCCCAGCAUGCCACAGCUGGAUCCCCUUCCAUUCAGCACUUGCUUGGAUCUAGACUGGAGCAGAUUCAGACCACCACACCUAAUACAUUAGGAGCAUCUGCAAAGCCAUCUGCUGUCACACCACCUCCUCCCCCCGCCUCCCACUCUGGCACGAGUAAGAUAGACAAAUAUGCACGCAUUUUAUUUCCUGUUACCUUUGGAGCAUUUAACAUGGUCUACUGGGUGGUGUAUCUAUCCAAGGAUACCAUGGAAAAAUCAGAAAGUCUAAUGUAGUUUUGCUGCUAUGUAGUAGUUCCUAAAUUAUACUCACAUUUGAUGCAGAGUUUCUUCUUUUGAAACUAUUUAAAAAGGUCAGUAAUUCUUAUUUAUAAAAGCUGUGUGGUACUUUCCCGUUCUAAAGGCUGGAGUUACUGGGGAUAAUUUGUUAACUCUUAACAGAGUAAUGGGUAACAGUAAUGGGUCUUCCUCCCUUCAGCCAGCAAUGAACCAACACUUGCUUGAUUUAAGCUACUCUGGCUGCACAGAACUUGCAAUUGGAAGGAACACGCACCUGAAAGAAAUCAGAGGCAGAGGUGCACGGCUGUGCAGUGGAACACAUCUGACUGCUAGGAAUAUGCAUGUUGGCUAUCACAAAUGCCUGAGGCACCCAGCACUGCUGUCUGGACACAGCAUUGCAUUCUCUGAGUGUGAGGUCUAUGUCCUGUAUAUUUUGACAGUGCUUGCUAGAAAAGGACUUUCCCUGCUAGAUUAAAAUCGACAGAAUGGGGGGAAGAAAAUCAAUAGCAGCAAAAGGGAAGAGAGUCCAGCCUGGGAGAGUGCAACUCCAGGAAAGUUAUGCAAAGGAGUUGUAGAGCUCCGUAUAUUUUUACUAAGCAUUAUUUUGCAUUGUAACCUGGGAAAUUCUCACACCAAACUAAGAAUGAGUGAACCUUGUAAAAUCUGAAAUCUGAUGUAAUUCUCAAAAUUGGAUUUUCUUGUUUGGUAAGGUGAUCUUAAGUGGGUGAUUCUUCUUUGACCUUGCUGACCAGCUUGAGUGGAUUUAUUCCUAAAUUACAUCAAUUGUAGUAGAUGAGGACCAGACCACAAUGUUCAACUUUUCAUUUAAAUUCUUUGCUUUUUCUUUGGAUGCUUUGGGUUUUGGUUUGUUUUUUGUUUUUUCCCCCCAUACUUUUCAGUUACACUCCUGAUUUCCUUUAAACACAUAUUCCAUUCCCCCCUCCACCUCCUUAUGUAAUGUUUGUGUCAAGUUAAAUUUUCAACACAGUUUUAAAAGUGGCUUGAAAAUUAAACAAAAAAAGCCCCAUUUCCUGUGCAUAGAUGAGUGUGGCAUGUCACUGAGUGAAUGAAAGACACUCUUUUUGAGAAGGACUGCUGUGGUAUAAAUAAGAAAGUAAACUUUCUAGGUGGAUCCCAGGCUAAAAAUGUUAAUUUACUAUCCAUUUGUUCACUUUAAACUGUGGCAUAGAUAGCUGCUUUUCUUACCAAAUUACAGUAUGCAAGCAGGCAACAUUAUUAAAGAGUUGAAUAGUUAAACCUGAUAGAAAUCCUAAUCAUAAACAUUAUUUUCACUGGAACAGAUAGAAAACAAAUUGCCAAUAAAGAAAAGAAAUGUUUGUACAGAACUGUCUGGCUUGGCAAAUGGUUAGUGUUUCUGUGCAGGUGACAAGUGAGAAUCAAGGGCCAAAUUCUCAGCUAUGCUCUGGCUGUGCCUUUAAAGGGUCUGGAGUAAUCCUUAGCUUCAGCUGACUGGAUAGGAGAUUGGUGGCCUAUUGUCAAAGUCUUGUGCUGCAGGGCAGAUCAGGUGAGUGUUCAGUGGUUCUGUGCCCAGAGAAUGACCAAGGGACUUCUGGAGACCACAAGCUGCUGGCAACAAAAGGGAGGCAUAAGACUGCCCUAGACUAUGCUGGGACAAGAGUCAGGGUAAAAAGCCCCAUAAUGGUAAAACUAUGACUGUGCCUGUGUCUCUCCAAGCCUUUUAGCCAGCUCAUGGCUGAGAAUCUGACCUUUAACUUGUGGGACCUGGGAGAUACCCGGCAAGAGAUACUGCAGUGUGCAGUAUGGAUCCCAGAUGGUUCUUUCAUGUGUAAUAAUGAACUGUAGAUGAUAGAAUGCAGUGGAAAUGUCUUAUGUAACUUUAUUAUAAUGGAGUGAUAUAAUCAGUUGCCUAAGUCUUUCUUUUACAUAAGGGGUGCUCUCAAAGGGCCAGGUAUGGUUCUUUCCUUUUUCAUCUUCUACAUCUGGGAGAUGGUUGAGACUACAGCACUCAUUAGGAAAAAAUUGUGUGGCGUAAUGGAGAACUGGAAAUGGAGCACCCGUGCAUGAUGUCCAACUGCAGUAGUUUAUAUCUUUGGAUGCACUGUUAUUUGCUGUAGCUGUUUCCUCUCUAAUUAGGUCACAUUGUUACAAAUUGUUGGAAUAGAAGAUGGUAUGCAAGGGAUUAUUUAUUUGGUUAAACCAGAAUAAACAAAGUGAAACCUCUGGCAAUUAUUGAUUAUAAUUGCGCAGGUGAUAAAAUACGUCUAGCAUGAAAAAUGGUGACCUGCUGUGUGGAGAACUUAAUAUUUGCACCAGAAGUUAAUAAAAUUACUCUUUGCUUUUUUUUCUGUGAUGAAAACCAAGGAUGUUUUCUCACAGGCAGAACUUUAAACAAUUCAUUAGAAACAGUUGUCUGUUCUUUCCACCCAUCCCUGUAUAGUGAUUUUAUAAUCAGCUUUUUCUAGUGCAUCGUUCAGUGGGAUCAACACUAGUUCAAGCUAAGACUGAUCUAAAUGUGCUCCUUCAAUUCACUCGUAGUUUCUGUUUAAAGACUUAAAAGGAGGAAAAAGAACUGCAAAAAUAAUAAACUACAAGUAUUUAUUUCUAUGCUUCCAUUUUGGGAGAAAUUUUUAAUGAUACCACAGAAAAAGUUACCUACUUUAAAUAUCCAGUGUAUUUCUGAAGUACCAAAAGUUCCAAAAUUUCCAUGCCUAAAUUCAAAAUGAAGUACAUUAAAAAAAAUCAUGAUGAGUCUAGGACUAAUUUAUUGAACUUUACUACAUUUUUAUGUUGCAUCAUAUGAAGAAAUUGCCAUAAUUACCUUUCCAAAUUACAUGUGGACAAUGUAAAUAGGAAUUUAUUGUUAAUAGUUGUUCCUAAUUAUUUUUAAUCUCCCUGGAUGAUCAGAGACAGUAAAACAAAAAAGAGCACUGCAAUAUACCAGUGAUACCAUAACUUGAAAGCACAAAAGGAGAUAUAUGCUUAAUAUAGCAGCCCAAAUCUGCUAACUAAAAUCCUAAGGGAGAACAUUGCAGGUGUCAUUUCAGUGACCGAACAGCUUAUUAGAGAUGAGGUUCAGUGAGAUGAACUCUACAGGAGCUAUAUUUUUAGAUUUUUGUUCUUUUUUUUCUAUUGGCUUUGUUGAACAAUCUUUUUUUGACAGUAUCAUGCUGGUUUAAAACUAACUAAACACUUCAGAUAAGUUCACAUCUAUCAACCAGGAAAGGAAACUGGAGAGAAAGACAAAAAUCUUUACAGGGAAAUAGAGGUAGUUGUCCGCUGAUAUUUCCUCAGAGACAUUGUUACCAGCAACAAAACUCCCACAGAUUGCAGUGAUGCAGCCCUGACCACUAAUGCAGCCACUUGAGAAAAACAGUUAAAAACUUGGUUCAGGAAGAUUGCCUUCACAGGAACUGACGUGUGGUUUGUAGUCAAUUGUGAGCCCACUGCUAACAGGUUUCACUGCAACUUAAAAUAAUGAAGAUGAGAAAGGUUGCCAGCUUAGCCCCCAGCCCUUCAAGGUGACCUGAACUCUUGGAGCUCACCAGCAGUACUGGAAUCUGUUUUUCCUCCUAUUAAAAUGGACUUGUGUCUAUCAAAUGGAUGUUGGUAGUGCAUUUCUUCUCCCAUGUGUCAUUGAAGGGCAAAAAAGACUUCAAACUGCUUAGUUAUCCACUCUACAUUACCCUUUCAUCAGGCAAGUAAACUGGAUGAUAAUUGAAUGAAAGAGGUAAAUAGUUUAAUAGGGAAUGUGAUUAGAGCUCUUCUGUUAACAGGAGCUGAGAGUUAUUGAUUACAGGGUGUUCAAGUGUAGCCUUUGGCAUCUCAUCAUCUUCAACAUUCAGAAUGGACCUUACCCAGAAAUGGGGGAACCAAGUAAAUGUAUUUAAUAGGAUUAACCAGUAUUUCUACCAAAAAUUGAAUGAACUCAGCUUUUUUAUAUGCCCAGAAUUCCAUCUUCUUCCACUGUACUGUGCACCUCCUGUGUGUCAUUUGGCCUCUGUGUCCCUUAAUGCUGUAGCUCAUUGUCUGUGUGCCAUGUGAGACUGUCAGGGUAUGCGGUAUCUAUUUAUCCAAUUUAUCCAAAGCCUGACUUUCCAUAUUCCUUGUGUUGUUAGAAGUGUAGGGAAGGCCAGAACGGGAGAAAUGACAUACAGGCUUUGUAAGGGACACACAUUGGCCAUCUGGGACAUUUUUCCAUAGAUCCUACAGAUUCCUUAGGAGACCCUUUUUCAGUGUGCUAUAGCAGCACACUACACAUACAAAUCCCAAGAGUUGCCAGAGCUCUGCUUGAGUAGCAGAAUAGAUCAUGGGCUUUGCACACUUCUUAUAACUUUUGCUUAACUUGGAAGGAGGAAAGAAAUUUUGGUGAGUUCCUUGCCUUCCUGGGACUUGCCAAUAAGGGCUUGACCUCACUAAAAUAGAAGGGGUCUGUGUGGCUAGCGCUGGUUAUGAAUUGCAAUACAGAUGGCUGACAAAAACCCACCUUUGUUUUUGUUUAAUCCUAAUAUUGAAAAAUAGAUUAGGAAAAAAGCAGCUGUAGUGUUGAGAAGCCUAGGUUUAGUGUAACAUCUGCUGAUGGUACUGAUCAAGCCUAGGAUGAUCAGAGUUGUAGAAUCUUACAGAGCUUCAGGGCUAUACAGCAGUAAGUUUGCAGCGGGUCAGUGCUAAGUGGGGAGAAAAGGAGAUGCUUCCCUUCAUACUCUGACAGGAGUAAAGCAAUAAAGUAUCAGCUUUAUUGCUGCUCUAUUUAUAUGUGGUAGAACAAGACUGCAUAAACAAAUUUCAUACUCAAUGAAAAUCUGAGAGGCAAAUAGCAUUAUGGGGAUCAGUAUUAACCACCAGACACCAACCCCCCAAAAAAUGGGGAAAAAUCCAAGAAAAAAAUUAGGUUAAAUGACAGUAGCAUCUUUUAAAAUUAUUUAGUUGUUUUUUUUUCAAGAUCCUGCAUUUCUUUCACUGUGGGCUUCCAAGGUGAGUUUACAUUUUUUUAAGAAUCUCUACUGGUAUCCACUGGCACCAGUAUGUGUUUUUAAUUUUCUUCAGUUUACUUUAAAAGGGAAGUUUACUGGAAGGAAAAAUGUGCCAUUUUGAAAGCGUCUGAUAUACGUUAAUUUGUACCGUCCUCAUUUGUAGGCCUCUUCUCAGAGUCAAGAUGUAGCUAUUUUGGAGAAUGUGAAUGUGGGGAGAGUUUCAGUGUGUUCUGAGUAAAUCAGACUGAAAGUAAAUUUUUGCCACAUCCCAGGCAAGUGAGAGUAGUGCGAAGUACAGAGCACCCUGUAAAGAUCUCUCUUUGCUAAUGUUAUAUUCUGUGUUAACUGAGGGAAUGAAAAAUGCAAUUAUUGUAAAAUUGAUAGAAUUUGCAAAAUAUAAUUUGUUUUCACAUGAGUUAGAAAUUGGUAGGUAUUUAUUUCAGAAUUAAAUAGCUUUGUCUUCUAGUCCAUAACUUAUUGCAUCUAAAAGUAUCUCUUAGACUUCCUCAUGCUUUUUGUAUUAUUCCGCUGGAAAGGAUUUCAGAGAAAGCCAGUUAGUAUCCAUUGCAGUUCACUAUAUUUUUGGUCAUAAUUCUAGUUUCAUUUUCUUGUGCAAGAGGAAUGGAGAGCAUGAUGGCUUUUUCAAAAUAAAAAUAACACUGGCAAAACAAAAGCCUUGGUGAUUCCCUUUUUUAGAAAACCCACCAAACUCCCAUCAAUUUUUGAAUGGUUUUUAAAAAAAUAGUGUAGUUCUAGCAUUUAAAAAUACUAAUGCUGUUGCAGCCUGAGUACAUAUACAUACAUAUAUAUAUAUAUAUAUAUAUAUAUAUGUAUAUAUAUGUGUGUAUAUAUAUAUAUAUAUAUAUAUAUAUAUAUUCCUUGAAAUAAUAUAAUUUCCCUGAAUUUUAAGGAAGCAGAGUCAAGAUGCACUUGCUAAUAGUUCUAUAUUGAAAGAGUACCUUUCUGGAUGGAAAAUACCAUGUGAGGUAGGUAUUUUUUUUAUCACUGUCUUCAUAUACCUGUUUUCAAGAAAAAGAUCUGGAGAAAGAGUGUGACAUUAAUCUGUGACUGAAUUAAUCUUCAAGUAGCAUGAAAUCUGGGUUAUUUCCUGCUGGUCAUCUUGCUGGUCAUCUUGCUGCUGCAUUCACAAAAACAUUUGCUUAGUGUUUUUGUGAAUGAAGUAUCCAGGUUGCUGUUAACUGACAGCAGUCUGUGGAUGAUCUGAUGACAUAAAGAAACACUAAAGGAAACCAUUGAUUGUGAAUAUGUUUUCAUCCUUGGAAAAUACUUAACUGGAGUUUGGUAGAAGAAGCAGAUGACAGUAUGAAACACUCAGCUCUACUUCUGAGCUCAAUACAUUGAAAAAAUUAUUUGAGUACUGCUUUGUCUUGCAUCAUCAUCUUGUGCUGGUGGCUCAUCUCCAUGGUAAGUAAAACUGCUAUGAGGAUGGAGGUCUCAGAAGUAAAGAAUGUCUACAAGUACUUCUUCAAAGUUAUUUUGAAAUAUGAGAUAUCUAACCUUAUUACUAAGAGUAAUGUCACAGUAUGCUUUAUAUUUGCAAGCUUGAAAAUCUCCUUUUCUGUUAGGAUGUGCCAGGUUGUCAAACGAACCUUUCAAAAGUAGAUGAUUCUGUAUGUACAUGUAUUUCAUUUUUUUGUUAAUUUGUGGCAACAUUCUCUAUCACCAGAGGAGUGAUGGAGAUUUGAGGUGUUUCAGAUAACCAGAGCUCUUGAGCAAUCACUUUAAAAUAUUUGUUUCAUAGAUACAUGCCUUUGCAAAUCAAUACCAGCAGAGCUUUUGUGGUGAAAAAUAAUCCACCUGUGAAAAAUUCUGGUCUUGAAUAUUUAACCCACGUUUGAAGGGCUGAUGAAGCACAUUGGGCAAGGCAGGACUCAGGGCAUGUUUAUUCUUAGAGGCUUCUGAAUUGGAGCUGGCUUAUGUUCUGCCAUCUUCUGGAGCAGUCUGCACCAGAGAGGCUACAAGCAGAAUCCAUGAGCUUUUUGCAAGCUUUUUUUGAGACUACACCAUAAGUGUACAUUACUGCUGAGUGUAGCACUCUCACCUUCUUCUUUAUUGCCUUGCUUUGUGUGUGGGGAAGAAUUUCAGUGUUUGUGGGGAAGCAGGCUGAAAUAACUUGUCCAGCUAAACCCCCAAUUUUGUCUUGUUUCCUUUUGGCUGGUUGGUAGUAGUGGGGUCCGUCUGAUCUGGCUCCCAUCUCAGUGCUGGUACAAAGGAGGGUGUGGAGAGCCUGGAUUGAUGCUUUGAGCUGGGUUAAUGAUGGUGUGAAACCACAGCCUGAGGAUUCUGCCCUUCCCUCCACUGUCAUUAAAACAGAGGCUCUCUCAGGCUGUCUCAAACCUCCUGUGCCCCUGUGGCCAUUUUUCCUCCACAGAGGUGAUUUUGUGUAUUAUAUCAAUGACAAGUCAUGGACUAAAAAAAAAAAACAACAAAAAAAGAGGCCAGAAUUUUUGAAAGACACAAAUCAAUGAAGUUAUUUGAAGAGAGAGAAAAGGAGAGAAGGGAAAACAUGAGUAUGGAUGAAAAAAUUAAUUCUUGCUACCAAGCAGUUAUUUUAAGAUAUGUCCUAUUAGAGGUACUAGAACUGCAUCUGGCAGGAAACAGCCUAGAAAUAAUUAUUCCUUCAUUAUAAGUAUAAUGAGAAGUAUUAAAGAAAAGUGUCUAAUGUCCUAUUAUAAACAUUUGUGUUCCAUUGAAGCUGUUUGCAAAAAUGGUAUUUUCUUUGUCAGCCAGGAAGAAUUAGGAGACAGAAUAGGAAAGGGAAAAGAAUGAGUUUUAUUAAGUUUUACUGCUUCCCUUUGUUUUAGAACAUUUCUCAACCAAAAAUGUAAACAGUAACAUUAAAAAAAAAUAAUCUUUCUGGUGCUCUAUACAUUUAAUUUUCAGUAAUGAAGCACUUUGGAAUGUUUAGCAUUUAACUUGCUUUAUGUUUAAGAGACUAAAUAGAGAACAUGCUGUCUCUGAUUUAAUUCAGUUAUCAGAGGGGAUGUGGGUGAAAAAAACAGCUUUCAUUACAGUAACAACCAGGUUUUUUUUAAAGUAUCAUGCUUUCCUACUAAAUCUGAAGACUUCAUUCUUGUACCUGAAUUCACGGGAGCUGUUUGGUGCUGAGCAUUUCUGAUAAUCCAGUCAGUGCUACAGCGUGUGGGCUGCGCCUGCAUUUAGAGUUGCCAUGUCUGAAAAUGUACAUUCACAAGCUGGCACUUGCAGAGCAUGGAUCCACAAAAGGCAAAGGUGUGUGUGUGUGUACCCACAGUGGGUGCAUGAGAGCUGUUGUGCUGCUCGUGUGGGAGAAGAUGGGAGUCUGUGGUCAGAAACAGAGGGUAAGGAGAGUGUGGCUGCCUCUCUCAGAGGCUGAGCAGAGCUUAUAUUGGAUUAAGCCACUUAAGAAAAUGCACCCUAAGCCCCUUUUCCAAAUAGGCAGCGUAGGAGCAUGCUGAGUGCAAUGUGGAAUUCAGCUCCAACUGCAAAUCCUGCCUGAGGAUCAGCACAGUUAAUCUCCCCUAAGGGUUCUGGUGCUGUGGCUAGAAGACUGAAAAGAUGUGAGGCAGCUUCUGCUGCCAGCUGGGAUGCCCUCAUGUUGCUGUGCAUCCAAGCUGUCCUGUAGUGCAACAGGGUCUUUGGAGUAGUGGGAGGGGGAUAGAAAAUGCUUUUUUGGAGUACAAAAUAGGGCAGAGUGAAAACUUCCUUCAGGUCAGCACUGCUCAGCAACAGCACAGAAGGUCCCAGAGGAGCACCAAGGUGUUCUGCUCCUUGUCUGCUCCUUGCCUAUCUGCUAAAUGCUCUGAAGUGAAGAGUGGUGGGAGUGACAAAUACAGGUCUGCUAAUGAAACAGAAGAUGCUUAGUGCUGCUGCCAGGUAAGUACCCACAGUCUCCUGCCAGCAGCUUGUGGGCCUUCCCAGAGACAGAACUGCAGCGCUGACUUUUUGUAGGUCUAAUUAUUAUGCCCCCACCAUCUCUCCUGUAACUUAAACACUGGGAAAAGGGGGUUCUCUUUGAUGCUCUAUUUUGUUGCAUAAUUAUGCACAUUUUUCCAUUUUGUUGCAUAAUUAUUAAGAAGUAAAUCAAGCUGAAUUCUUCUCAUUUUUAAACUUUUUUUUAAAAGAGGCUUCCUCCCCUGCAGACAUGGAAAUCAAAAGCUCCAUUGCAAACUUCAGGAAGGUAGGAAACACUUCUAUGCAAACUUCUGUCUAUGAUUAUCUCACAAAGAUAGCUUUUGUUUUCAAAGAAAAUCUCUAAUUUGGAGGAUAUUUAGUUAAAUCUUUAAACAUUUUAUAUACAAAAAUAUUUUCUCUGUACUGAAAAUGUGAAUUUUAUUUGUAGACAUUUCACUUAGGAAGGUAAGGUGAAAUGCAUGUGGAUUUUCUGUUAAGCUUAGCUGUGGGAUAUUCAGUAGCCAUUUAAUACAUGGAUUAUAUUUUUUCUCUUUGGACAAUGUGGAGACAAUAUAUAAACAAAAGGUGGGAAGAUUCUGUGGAGAGGUUUUAAAAUGCUACUUCUCGCUUCUUCUCUGGCUAUCAUAUACAUAAAUAUAGUGAAAUCAGAUGAGAAAAGAUAUGUGAGUGAAAAAAUGGCUGUCUUUGAUCUUCACAUUCUAAGUUGAUCUUACUAAAUAUGCAAUUAACCAGCUUCCCUGUACACUUCCAUGAUUUCUCUCUGCUAUGCCAUGGGUGUACUGUGGAAGACGUAGGAAUUUUUAGGUUCAAUAUAUCAAUCCAUUUAAGAGAGCACUCAGUGCUAGCCUUGCUGAGUUUGGAGCAUGUUUUUGUAAGUGGUGGAGCAAUCUGUUCAGCAGGACAAGGUAUCCCAGUUCUGGAUAAGAACAGCUGAGGCAUUUUCCUGAGGUAAGAUGUUAGAGUUGAAUUAAGUUUAAGGGCUUCUCAUUAGCUGUUCUAAACUUUCAAAAUGAACAAUCUAAACCAAUCUUUGGCAUGUUCUGCUACUUUUGCACUGUUUGGUUUGCUCAAGUUCUGUCCCUGACUUUGCUCCCUUGCUGUGUGGCUGAGUGGCUGAGGUGAGGAGCAGCAGUUUCUGGGACGGUGUGGGAUUCCCACGCCUUCCCUUUGGCCACAGGCUCUCUAUGCAUCACAUCUCCAUCCCAGGUGGACAGCAGAAUCUGGGCAGGGAGAGGGUGUGCAUCCAUGCCAGGGGCAGAUAAACCCUGGCAGUCAAGCAGAAGGCACAGUGUUAGUAGGGCUGGAGUCCUAAGGAAUGGUGAGUAAGGAUUUAGGGAUGGGCUUCAAGAUCCAGUGCUAGUGCAGUGGCAUAAACCAAGUUUGGCUGCUUGAGAUACGGGUCAGUUGUAGAACAGACAAAAGUUUUCAGGUUUCUGAUUUUCUGGAUGACUAACUUGUGCUCUGUGCUGCAUCACUAGCAGGCAUCCAGAGCAGAGACAGUGUGUUAAAAGUCCAUAUGCAAACACAGUGUUGACUUGCUGGUAGUAAGUAAAUAAGGCACCUAGAAGUUGCCCUGGGUACCUUUUUCUCACCUUUAUCUACCACCCUUGCACUCUGCCAGUCCUGAUAUUCCAAACUGCUGGGGCACUUGAAUGAGCUGUUAAAAUCCAAAUGAUGGAGAUCCUUUCUCUCACUCUUUCUACUCACAAAUUCACAGCUGAGGGGCAGACUGGGAGAUACCAACUUCUGUGCUAAUUCUAAGUUUAAGACCUGUGUAUCAGGAACCGCCCCCCCCAGAAAAAGUAUUCAUAUGUGAUGUGUAGCUGCUGCUAUAUGUCAUAUAUAUUGUGUCAUUUUAAGCUGAAAAUGAAAAGAAGUUAAAUAAAAAAUAUGAUAUUUACUAAUAUUUUGUUUUACUGUAAGCUUUUCUUUUCCUGAGAAGCCCUGUCCAUUGCAACCAAAACAUCUGGGUUUAGGCUUAGACAUUGCAAGGAAGACUCCCAGUGAAAUAUAUGAAGCUUUUGGAAGUACUUUUAUAUUUUUUUUUCUGUAAAAGUAGUGGCAUGCAGAAAAUACACUUAAAGCAAACACAGUAAAAAUGCUUUUUAAACACCCCCUGUAGGAAAGUUCUAUCUUCUCUGUCAAUAUCUUACUACUUCUGCAACAUGUGGCUGACCUGGAUGCAUGUUGCAAGAGUUCCUGUGCCAUACCAAAUUCUGAUGUUUAUCCCUUUGUAUUGGCUCAUACAUGGGGAAAAACUGAAAGGAAAUCAAAGCAAGGGAAGCCUUUUGUUGAAUUCUUUUGCACUAUUCUUGGUGCACAUUUUAGUUGCAUGGAACAAUGUGGCUGGGAAGAUUUGAAGAAUUAUGAAGGUUAACUAAAUUAUUUGAAUGAUAUGUUCAAUGCUGGUCACCUGACUAUACUAACAAACUUAAAAGGUGGUUUGAUAGCUGUCAACUUGUUUUGCUAUUGUGCAGCUUAACUGUUACCUUCCUGUAUUAUGAACAUCUAUGUAUUUGGAAAAUAAAUCCAUCUUGCAAGAAAGAUUGUGCAAAAAAAAUUGUUCCUAUUAUACUCCAGUGUAUUGCUGAUGUCAAAUAAAAUACAAUUGUGAGAGUUCUUAAA